AUGCAGCCGAGCCGCCGAGCCGCCUUUGCCGCCGAGCCGCAUUUUUCCGCCGAGCCGCAGUGCAGCCGAGGCGCCGCCGCGUGUCGGCCUGCCCAGGACUGCCUCACUUACCUGUGGGCCACGCGCGUUGCUGCUGCUCGCCUUGCUGUGCGCCGCCACUUACCGACCACUGAGCGUGCACACUUUAGCCAGUACAAGAGUGCUCACACCUUGUACGACGCUGUAGUUGCACGCUACUCUUCCCCUGCCACUGCUGCGCUGAGCCGCCUCAUGCUACCGUACAUCUUCCCUGACCUUCUUGCCUUUCCCACAGUCGCUGACCUCAUUACGCACCUCCGCACUAGUGACACUCGCUACCGCGCUGCGCUUCCUGCUGAGUUCUGCGCCAAGAACCCCCCCCCCCCCCCCAUGUACAUCACCCUCUACUACAUAGUCACCCGGCUCCCUGACUCUCUCCGCGUAGUCUGGGACCACUUCCUUUCAGUUUGCCCCACCACUCUCACCAUUGACCUCCUCGAGAAGGCCCUUCUAGCAGCAGAGAAGAGCAUAGUUGCUGUAAGAGCCUCUCGUGGUGACCCUCGCACCCCCGUCUUUGAGGGGUGUUCUCCCUCCCCCCUCUUACCCUCUGUUGCCUCUGCUGCUGCGUCCGACCUCUUUGGUUUCGAGUCGGUCAACGCUGCGUCUGCCCCGAGCGGGAGACGCCGCACCGGCAAGGGCAAGGGGGGCAAGGGCGCUAGAGGGGCUGGUGGGGGCAGUGGAGGUGGUGGUGGAGGCAGUGGAGGGAGUGGGGGUGGUGGUGGGAGUGGUGCCAGGGGUGGCGGCAGCGGCGGCAGCAGUGGAGGCGGAGGAGGCGGCGGUGGUGGCGGAGGGAGCGGAGGCGGCGGAGGUGGCGGAGGAGGCGGAGGUGGAAGAGGCGGCAGAAGCGGCGGCGGUGGCGGUGGUGGAGCCGGUCGCGACUCUGCACAGAGGAGUGGCUCAGGUGGUGAUCCGCGCCAGCAGCAGCGGAGUGGCGUGACCCUGUCCCCUCAACAGCUUCGUGACAGGGCGGGGGUUGCCAUCUUUGAUCUUGACUAUGAUGCUAUCCUUGCUGCCAUGUAUUCUGUGACCACUAGUGUUGAGGGUGACUGUUACCUGUGUGUACCGCCUGACCCGGGCAUUGAGGCUGCUUCGCAAGGUGCUGGUGAGGCUGCUGCUCUAGGUGCUAGUGCGUCUGCUGCCCCAGAUGCUAGUGCGUGUGCUGCCCCAGGUGCUGGUGAGUCUGCUCUCUCAGAUACUUCAUCGGCUCAGGCCUCACACACCUUCACUCUCGACUCGCGUGCGUCCUGCUCCUUCUUUCGAGACCGCACCACUCUUACGCCGCUCAAUCGGGCGGUUGCAGUCUCCCUAGCGGACCCCUCUGGGGGUCCUCUCCUUGCUAGCUUCUCCACUGUCUUACCGUGCCCGGCAGCCCCCUCUGGCACCCUGUUAGGUCUCUACCUCCCCUCGUUCUCUACGAACUUGGUGAGUGGAGCAGACCUACAGGAUAGGGGGGUUGACCAGUUCACUCCUGCGAGUCAGCGGGUGACACACUGCACAUAUGCUAGGACAGGCCGACACUUGGCCACGUUCACCCGUCGGCCAGGGUCGAGCUGUUGA